AUGGGAGCUCCCUGGGUUCUAGCUGCACUCGCCGCUGCAGCCCCCUGCGAGGCGGCAAGCGUCAGCGAAGACGAGCUGUGGGAUGCGAUCCAAGCGAACAAGGACAACAAGACGGCGCUUCACACCAUCGACGCCCCGGCGUGGGUCUCGGCCGCCGACUUUAGAGGCACCAUGGAUAUCCUCCAGACCUACGUGUUGACGCUGUUUGCUUGCAUUUACACAGCCUUGCACCUCAAUGUGCCGCCAAAGACCGACUUGCUAAGCAUUCUCAUCAUGAAGACCAAGUGGACGUUCACGGCUUUACUGGCGCCCGAGAUUGUGCUGUACAUGGCGGCAGAUCAACUCAUCCGCGCCCUCCGAGUCAGGAAAAAACUCAGGAAGCUGCAGGAGAAUAGUGUCCGCGUUGAUAAGACAUUCGACUUCAAUCUGAGAUACGCCUUCAUAGUCAUGGGAGGAGUCCGAGUCCCCACCGAUGAAACAGCAAAGUUUGGCUAUCCGGCCUCUAUAGAAGGGAGCCGACCGAUACAACUGACCGAGGACGGGGUAAUUGGCCUGGCGCAGCGAGACUUCUGGAUCUAUGUCAACCCGAAAAAAUUACUGCAAGAGCAAAGCCGUGCUGCACAAACAAUGACUUGCAUCGUCCGCCGAGUCUACGGCCUCCCCCUCACAUUGCUUGAGGUUCAUACGAUGGUCCACGUCAUCUGUGCCGUUCUCAUGUAUACCCUGUGGCCCGAGAAGCCCUUGGACAUUUCCGAGGCCGAGAUGGUGUAUGACUCUGAGUGA